AUGUCUGAUCUACAGGCCACCGUGAUCGAGACCAAGACGGGCUUUCACGUCGAGGGCUGCGAGAAGAUCUCGUAUGACUUCAAAUUCCUCGACAGCGUCUUCGACGUCCGGAACAGGGACCUGGCCGACUGCUAUCAGCGGUGGGGCCGAGCCCUAUCCGUCAUGGAUGCCAAUAUCUCUGACAUCUACGGCGAGCAAAUGCAGACCUACUUUGACCACUAUGGACUUGACCUCUGCGUCCACAGGACCAUGAUUGGCGAGAAGGCCAAGACUAUCGACACGCUUCUUAAAAUCGUCGAAGCCAUGAACAAGUUUGGCGUGAUCCGCAAGGAGCCCGUUCUGGUGGUUGGCGGUGGUUUGGUCACCGAUGUCGCUGGCUUUGCUUGUGCCGUCUACCGCCGAAACACCAACUACAUCCGCGUACCCACGACCCUCAUUGGGCUGAUUGACGCCUCAGUCUCGAUCAAAGUUGCCGUCAAUUACGGCAACUACAAGAACCGUCUGGGCGCCUACCAUGCCCCAAUGAAGACGUUCCUGGAUUUCAACUUCCUGCGUACCUUACCCGAAGCGCAAAUCCGUAACGGCUUCGCUGAGCUGAUCAAGAUCUCGACAUGCGCCGACCUUGAUACCUUCAACUUCCUCGACAAGUACGGCGAGGAGCUUAUUGCCACCGCUUUUGGACGCGCCGACGGUGCGUCGAGAGAGAUCAGAGAGGUCGCCGAUAAGAUCAACAAGGCCAGCAUAUAUGAGAUGCUGAAGCUCGAGACACCCAACCUCCACGAGAUUGGCCUCGACAGGGUGAUUGCUUACGGGCACACAUGGUCGCCCCUCCACGAACUCAUUCCCGACCCGCCGCUCCGUCACGGCCACGCCAUUUCCAUCGACAUGGCCUACUCGGCCACUCUUGCCAACAUGCGCGGCCUCCUCAACGACGUGGAGCACAAGCGAAUGCUCGACCUGUUCUCUCGCGUCGGCCUGGCGAUGGACGACCCUGACUUCACCGAAGAGGUCUUGGAACAAGGUACUAAGGCGAUUUUGAAGACGCGAGAUGGCAAGCUUCGCGCCGCCGUGCCCAGCCCUCUCGGGAAAUGUGUUUUUCUGAAUGACGUCGGCAUGAACGAGAUGAUUGCUGCCUUGAAACGGCACAGGGAGAUUGUAAGACCCUAUCCCCGGCAGGGUGCGGGUAUUGAGGCGCACGUCGACGCGAGCGACACAGGUUACACGCUCGAUGGAGUUGUUGAGCGCAAGGGAAGGAAUGUCGGCUUUCAGUACGGUCACAUACAGGACCCGGCUGUUCAGUACAGGAACUAGACAAAAAUCGCUUAAUCGGGUUGGGUACGGGGUUCCGGAUACGGAGACGGAAAGUGCCCUGUACAUGCUGAACCUGA